GUCAGAGUCAUGAGUGUGAGCGCCGGUGCCAACAAGGAGACCACCGCACCUGCAUUUACAAGUUUAAUGUGCAGGAAUAUCACACGCUGGGCCGCGCGUGCUUCCAGUGUCCCAGCGUAGUCUCCGACUGCACGCUCCAGGACUGCAUAGCCGCUGACGGCGUGGCCAGGUCACUGCUGACUGUCAACCGACAGUUGCCAGGACCUGCCAUACAGGUAUGUAAGGGAGACCGGGUGGUGGUGGACGUGUUCAACUGGCUGUUAUCGGACACGGAGAGCAUCCACUUUCACGGCCAGCACAUGCGGGACUUCCAGUACUACGACGGCGUCCCCUUCAUAACACAGUGCCCUAUUCAGAAGACCUUCCGCUACGACUUCAUAGCUGCCUCAUCCGGCACUCACUGGUGGCACUCUCACGUCG